GUUUUUCUAACACACAAUUUAUUCAGGAUGGCAAAAUAUCAAUAUCACAACACAGACUAAGAUGCUGACCAUUUCAAACAAUACAACCUGAAACCCGGGGCUAUCACCGUUUUAAAAACUACUCGUAAUAAAAAUAAAGAAAAUGCUACUUGUUCUCGUAUCUGCAGGAUUUGUCGUUCUCAAGCUCAAUAUCAACAAUACACAGCGUAUAAGAAUUGUACUGAAUAAUAAAUAUUAAAAAUGCAUAAACUUGCGCCGAUCCGGACAGCUAGACUCGACACACGCAGUCUAAUUCUAUCUUGGUAAAAUCACACCCCCACCCCAUUUCUACUAAGUAUGCUAAUUAAGUCCUCAUAAUUUCCAGUAAACUGUAAAUAAUCUAGUCAGUCUUAUCCGGACACCCGGACAACUCGUUAUUAAAAUGAAUAACCUAUCUGAACUUAUGAACUAAGAAAAUCCGAACAACAAUAAUGCGGAUUCCGAACAAUCCGGACAACUCGUAAUUCUAAACUUGAAACAGUUCAAAUAAAUAUAACAGUUCCUUUUAUAGACCACAACUAAUAACUAGAACUAUAACACUGGAAAGACUGGUCUACAUGGUUGUUAUACUAUACGGAUUCUGUCCGGACGACGAAGUCCUUAUAAAAAUUAGCAUCGUCUACGACCAGGUUCAUCUUGGUUAUCUACCUUAUAUGGAGUUCUCAGAGGAGUGCUCAACUGAACGGAAUGUGAUCGAGUGAUCAAGUGAUACUGCUGCUGGAACUAGCCUAUAUUUAUAAACUUCUCCAACCAAUGAGUACUUGUCCUUUUCUGUCCGGACACUAACAACCAAUCAAAUAUCUGUACGGAUUUUGGACAUUCCGGACAAGUUUCCUAAUUUCCGAACAAGCAUAUUUAAAUAAUAAAUAAACAUUUUAUUCCUAUACAAAGCCUUGUCCGGAUUAAUUUAAUUACACGGACACAUAUUUCUAAGUCAAAAUACGCAUAUAGCUUUAAUACACAUCCUUGCGAUAUUUUACACUAAAGGAAUUUUGAAAUUAUGCGCCUUCUGAAGUAGUGCGCGUAGCGAUAUACUUGAAUACGGAAGUUCGCUACGAGGACAUAGUUCAUCAAUCGAGGUGACAGAUAAAAGCAAUCAUCGAUCAUACUGAGGUAAAAAUACGGAAAAAUAGUGAUCAGCAUCUAAAUACAAUAAUACAUGAUAUAAUAAGGCAUACAACAAUGUUGAUAACACAAAAAUAAGUGUCAGAAUUAGUCUCGUUCAACCAGAAGCUCGGCUGUCUCCGUAAAUCUCCGACGAGCCAGGAGAGAAAAAAAAUAUCAUCAGAAAAUUAUCGCCUUUGCGCCGUACUGUUCUCUAACCAAUGAAAAAUGCAAAUUUUCACCCCAGAGGGUCACAAAAGAGAGGAAGUGAACAAUCCGGAAACAGUAAAUUAUUUUAACUCUUUAUACCAAUAAGGAAGACGGUAAUAAACACGCCAUAUUGGAUUGAGGUUCUUCUGCAAUAAGUAAGGUGUCUGACCAUGGAUUCUAGAGCUUGGCUUCAAGACGUGUUACGGUGUCGUCUCUGCGAGACCCCUGGUCCUCCUUUGCAUUGUGAUAUUUGUCACAUCCAUCUGUGUAAAGCCUGUGUGGGGGAACAUAUCUCUGAUCCAUCUAUAGAACACAAAGUAGUUUCAUUUGAGAACCGUGGAUUAACUACUUAUUAUCCUAAAUGUCCAAAACAUUCCACAAAACAAUGUGAACUUCGUUCACAAUGUAUAUCUUCUAGUGAACAUGAACAGCACAGAAAAUUUGACAUUUUGGAAAGUAUUGAACACAAAAAAUCCAUUAUACAGAGAGAUUUGCAAGAACUAGAGAAAACAAUAUAUCCCAAAUACCAAGAGAUUGCCUCUACAAUUCUAAUGCAGAAAGCUGAUCUAAAUAAAAACACGCAGAAAUUGACAACAGCAAUCGACAAACAUGGAGAAGCCCUGCACAGAGAAAUAGACACCAUAAUACAGAAACUAAAAGUUGAUCUCGGUGAAAUGGACUCCAAACACCUGGAUGUCCUUAAAAAAGAGGAAGAUAAAAUCAAACGCACCAUUUCUGAAAUCACGCAGAACAUUGCAGAUCUGAAGAAAUCACUAAACUCUAAUGAUGCCAGCCUUGUCUCUGCCUACAAAUCUAGGAAUGCACAAUUCAGAAGACCGCCUCCUAGACUCACUAUUUCAUUGCCGAGUUUUACCCCACAGAAGCUAAACAAAGAACAGCUUUAUCAACAGUUUGGUUUAAUAUCAAAAGUACCUUUUAAAACAGAGAAACCUGGCUGCACAAUGAAUUUUCCAGGUGCCGAGUCCUCCCUUCCAGACAGACCGCUCAUUGAUGAACCAAGGCUCAUCGCCAAUAUAAACACCGAACAAAUAGGAUUAUGUGGCGUGUCUUGUUUGAGGGAUGAUAAAAUAUGGGUUUGUGGUGAUGGUGAGAAUACAAUAAGACUCUAUGAUCUCGGGGGAAAUCUAGCGAAGUCAAUCCCAACCAAGUCAGGUUACAAACCAUCAGAAACGCAUGUAACAGUUACAUUGAGUGGGAUUCUAGUUUACACUGAUUUCAGAAACAGAACUGUGAACAUAGUGAAGAAUACACAGAUACAGACCCUGAUAAGACUACGAGGGUGGAAACCUCGCGAUGUUUGUAGUACCUCCACUGGUGGCCUCCUGGUUUCUAUGGACAGUGAUGAUUCGAGACAAGCAAAAGUCGGGCGUUACUCUGGCUCCACAGCGGUACAAAGUAUUCAGUUCAAUGACAAAGGACAACCACUCUUCUCAUCUGCACUUGACGGUUCCUUUAGCUUUGACAAAGAAACAUUAAUAUGUAACAACUCCAAAUACAUCAGCGAAAACAGGAACCUAGAUGUCUGCGUCUCAGACUUCGGAGCCUGUGCAGUAGUGGUAGUCAAUCAAGCCGGGAAACUUCGGUUUACCUACACUGGUUUUCGCACUACUACUAAGGGACAGUUUAAGCCAUGUGGCAUCACUACAGACAGCCAGAGUCGGAUCCUGACAGCAGACUUUACCAACCAAUGCAUUCACAUUCUGGAUCAGGACGGACAUUUCCUCCGCUACAUUGACAACUGCCAUUUACAGCGUCCACAGGAUUUAUGUGUGGACACCAAAGACAACCUCUUUAUUGCUGAGUUCAUAACAGGGAAUGUGAAAAUAAUUCAAUAUCUAAUGUAAACAAACUGUGCACAUACAUGUAUGUAUUAAAGUUUGCACUGUGUUUAUAAAUUUAUAUUUACAUCUACCAAGUAUAAUUUCCUAUAGUUCUAGGAAAGUUAUAGUUAAUUCAUGGCUCUAUAGAAACAGUCAGACUGAAAUCUACACGUCCCAUUUAUCGAUUGGUCGAAAUCUACAGCGGCUGAAAGUGACAGGACUGAAAUUGACACGCUCUUUUUAUCGAUUUGUCUGAACCUACAACAACCUAAGUAAAAUCACGGACUGCACGAAAUAAUCAUGAUGAUGCCAGACUCAAAGUCUCACAGGAGAAGAAUUUGCUUUUUCUAUUAGCUAACGUAUUUAUGUACAUUAAAAGUAAUUUAAUUUAUUAAUUAGUUAAAGAAAGAUUUUUUUUUA